AUUACUCUAAUAGUCUAAUGUUCAGUGUUAAUUAUAAUUACGAUAUAAGGCCGAAAAAUGACCGCGUAAAAUGUUCUGUCAACCACGAAUUAAGACAUAGACCCAUGACAAAAUAAAUAGGUAUGUCAGCAACUCGCCAACUCGUGAUACGCAUAUCUGUGACGUAAGCAUUUCUCCAACAGGCUGAGCGGUGUAGCGGUGGUGAAGUCUUCGUCGGCGGCGGCAAUUGCGGCAGUGACGGCGGUGGACCAAUGAGAACCGGAGAAAUGCUACGUCACAGUUCAUGGUUAGGCGGAGGGUGGGUGCGCAAUUUGUGUCUAAACCGGUAAUAUUGCUGACAUACCUAUUUAUUUUGUCAUGCAUAGACCUAUGGUUAAUAGGUCUAUGAAUUAAGAUUAAUUCGUGCUGCCAACAUAAAAUUUGAUAAACGUGAUUAGAUUAUAUUCUGUGGUGAUAUUUUCAGAUCUGCCCCUGGUAACAGUUAUAGCUGAUAAGAUUAAUCAAGUAGUCAGAAGUACGGUUGUAGACGACAUAUUAAUAUAUUAUAUAGACAUAUUAUUUCAUAUUUGUAGUCACUAGUCUGUGAAGUGUAAAAUAACUAAAAUAUGAAACUCUGAGAAAAUCAGAUUCGAAUGACCGUAUAUAUUUUGAACAGAACAGUAUUUAAGCAGUUAUUAUAUUAUUAUAAUAAUGUGUUCAUUGUCAGAGCUCUAGUUUAAAUAUAUAUAUAUAGUACUAACCAUUUUAAUAAUUUUAGGUGACUUUUAUUUGUAUUUUGUGGUAAAUGCAUUGUGUUUUGUAUUUUGCUGCUAUGAAAACCUACUAAUUCAAUUAAAAUAAAUUGUCUGGUCUAAUAUGUUGUACUUAAUAUAAUUUUGAUCGGGAUUAUCCACAUUUUGUUCAAAGUAAAAGUACACAUUCACCAUAAUAUGAUGUUGUGAUGUAUUGGUUAUGAUAGUUUUUAAAGAAUAAUUUGCUCCCAAUUUGAAAUGUUAAACACAAUAUUAAAUACAAAAACACAAUCAAUUACAUAUUUGCCUGCCAUAAAUGAAGUACUUAUUAGGAUGAUAGCAUAAUUCUUCAAAUUAAUUCAUCAGUGUUUAGGUUAUAAGUUAAAUAGUUACAUACAUAUGGAUAGUCAAAAUCAUAUUAGAGUUCAAAAUCAGCAUUUAAUUGACCACAAUUACAUUCAACAUGUUGAAGAAAGAAUCGAUGGUCCAUACCCGUUCAUUGACCAUAACUAUACCAUACCAGUCAUUAUGAUAGAUGAUGAUGAUGAAUCUGUUCCUGAUGAAGUCAUUGCUAAUAAACCAGUAAUAUACAGAAUUCUCCCCGGCAUUCAACGCAAUACAAAAAUAUAUGUAGAUGAUUUUGGAUAUAAAUAUUAUAAAAAAAAGUUACUUGUCAAUAAAGUAACAUUAAUAUGUGAGCGACAAAGAAAUCCAAGUCGCCGGAUGUGUCAUGGUACUGCAUCAAUUAAUAAAGACGAGACAGAUAAACGAAUUUCAAUUGGAACUCCUCAUAAUCACAAUCCUCCAGUAAUUGACUUGAAUGUACCAUUAUUGAGAGACGCUCUCGGUGAAAGAUGUCUUGAUCCAAUUAGAACAGAGUCUGUUCGGAGUAUUUAUAACAGCGAAAUAAUUAGGCAUCAAGAAGCGGCUAAAAAUUAUACAUUUAAACAGACACAAGCAAGAGUAAAAAGAAUGAGAAGAUUACGAUUACGGCGAUUAACAAUUGAUUAUUGUUCAAAAUCAAUUAAUAGAAUUUCUACAGUUCAUAAAAUAUGAUCUCUUGAUUUAAUAUGGUACGUGCAGAUACAACCUGACUGAUUAGGGAAUGUGAGCAGCAGAUGAAUGGAUACAGUGAUUUGUUAGUGUUUUUAUAAGUUCUUGAGGUGAACUGGUCAUCAAAAUGAUGGUCAUGUUCAGCAAGUCCCCUCAAGCUAACUUAUCAAUAAGAUGGUGUAAUUUUUAUCCACUACUAAUUAAUUGAAAAUUUAUUCUCAUCAAUUAAAUUAAUUGUGUUACUUAAU